CGCCGCGGGUGAAAUGGGUUUCCGGUUCCGAAGGUUUCCUGUGAGUGCGAAGGGCUCCGCGGCGAUACUGACAAUAUUUGUAAACUGAGAGUAUCCUGCGGGUUGUUAUCCGGUCCCCGUUUCCUCUCGCUUAAACCGGGAAGGGAACUCGGGAACCGCGUGUGUGUCUGAGUGGAUCAAGCCGAGCAGAGCGGCGGUGUUACGUUAGUAGAGUCAAAAUGGCGUCCGCUGCUUGCCCACUGCUCGACGCUCGUUUAAUCCAUCUGUGAUUAGCCUGACAACUACAUCCAGCCAACCCGCGACUUUAUUUCUUUAUUUCUUUCUGUUGGUUUCGGGUUUUUUUCUGCUUUGAUAUAGUCGGAGCGUCAUGUCGGACUCGGAGGAGGACAGCCAGGACAGGCAGCUUAAAAUUGUAGUGCUUGGAGACGGUGCGUGUGGAAAGACGUCACUCGCCACCCGGUUUGCACAGGAGGCCUUCGGGAAGCAGUACAAACAAACCAUCGGUCUGGAUUUCUUUCUGAAGAGAAUAAGCCUUCCAGGCAACUUGAAUGUGACAUUGCAGGUGUGGGACAUUGGAGGCCAAACGAUAGGCGGGAAAAUGUUGGAUAAAUAUGUAUACGGAGCUCAUGGGGUCCUCCUGGUUUACGAUAUCACCAACUACCAGAGCUUUGAGAAUCUGGAGGAUUGGUUCAGCCUGGUGAAGAAAGCCAACGAGGAAGCUGAUAUCCAGCCGGUUUUCUCUCUGAUUGGGAAUAAAAUCGACAUGGAGCACAUGAGGACAGUGAAGGCUGACAAGCACCAGCGUUUCUGCCAAGAGAACAGCCUCGUCAGUCAGUUUGUAUCGGCCAAGACGGGGGACUCGGUGUACCUUUGUUUCCAGAGAGUGGCUGCUGAGAUUCUUGGUGUAAAGCUAAACAAAGCAGAAAUGGAGCAGUCCCAGAGGAUUGUGAAGGCUGAGCUGGUGGACUACCCACAGGACGAAGGCCCAAUUACACAAGAGAACAACCAGCAAAGCAAAAUAUGUUCUGUUCAAUAGUUGAAAGUAUGUCUCCACAGUUAGACAGAUAUGUUUCAGUAGAUCUGUGUUAGAUCUUAGAAGCAUAAACAGUUGCUUUGUAAAAUAUCACCGUUGAGGUAGAAGUAGUUAAACCCGUCAGACUAAAAGAAAUGAAUCACGCCUCCUCUGUUACGUCAUCAUCGAGGUUGAAACCGUCUCAUAAAUCUAAGUUACGUGUGUCUCUCUGAGUUGUUUGUUAUUGUGAGUGAUGUAGAGAGAAAAACCUUUAUGGUGACAACAGAGACGCACAACUAUUAUGAUCAGUGUCUUAAAUCACUGCAUGGAUUUCGCGCCAUGUACGAAGAAAUGUUACAUGAAUAGUUUUGUCACUAUA